CCGGAAGGGAGAGUGUGGGUUCCUGCGAGUUCUACGUGCCAGGUCCGGCCGGUGCCGGCCUCCUCGCUUUCCCUGGCGACUCGUCAGCAUCCCUGCCCCUCAACUCGGUCUCAGUGCUGGCUCCCUGCCCCGUGACCCAGAGCUCCAGCGUCUGGGCCUUGCAGAAGCCGCCCGAGGCGGCUGCACGGCCUUCUAGAGCCUUAGUCCAGCCAGCCCCCUGUCCACCGAGGCCUGAUCCUCCUUUCUACCCUAAAGAAUUUGGCCCAACAGGUUCCUGCACCCGCUUCUAAGGUCCUUGUUUUUCCAAACCCAGAAGACAGUGCAUGAAGCCAGGGGACAUCAGCCAUGCUCCAAACAACUUGGCCUCAGGAGUCAGUGACCUUUGAGGACGUGGCCGUGUACUUCACCCAGAAUCAGUGGGCCAGCCUGGAGCCUGUGCAGAGGGCCCUGUACAGGGAGGUGAUGCUGGAGAAUUAUGCAAAUGUGGCUUCCCUGGCAUUUCCAUUGCCCAAACCUGUUCUGAUCUCCCAGCUGGAGAAAGGGGAAGCACCUUGGGGUCCAGAUCCCUGGGAAGCAGAGGUUUUGAGAGGCGUCUGUCCAGGUGGUGAGUCCUGGAUCAAGAAUGAAGAGCCAGCUGUUAAGCAGGAAGCCUCUGAAGAAACAGAGUUGCCUGGCGUGCCGGCAGGAGGACUCCUCAGAAACGUUUCUCACCACGUGGACUAUAGAAGCAAGGCGACAUGGCAGACUUUCAGUCUGAACCCGAAUCUGAUACUUCGAGGAGGGAUGAAGUUCUAUGAAUGCAAAGAAUGUGGGAAAAUCUUCAGAUACAACUCAAAGCUUAUCCGGCAUCAGAUGAGUCACACUGGGGAGAAGCCCUUCAAAUGUAAGGAGUGCGGCAAAGCCUUCAAGUCCAGCUAUGACUGCAUCGUGCACGAGAAGAACCACAUUGGAGAAGGGCCCUACGAAUGCAAGGAGUGUGGCAAAGGUUUGAGUUCCAACACAGCCCUGACUCAGCAUCAGCGGAUCCACACUGGAGAGAAGCCCUACGAAUGCAAGGACUGUGGCAAGGCCUUCCGCCGGAGCGCAGCUCACCUCCAGCACCAGAGGCUGCACACGGGGGAGAAACUCUACAAGUGCAAGGAGUGUUGGAAAGCCUUCGGCUGUCGGUCUCUCUUUAUUGUCCACCAGAGAAUUCAUACUGGGGAGAAACCCUACCAGUGUGAGGAGUGUGGCAAGGCGUUCACGCAGAAGAUAGCCUCCAUCCAGCACCAGCGAGUUCACACCGGAGAGAAGCCUUACGCGUGUAAGGUGUGUGGGAAGGCCUUCAAAUGGUACGGCAGUUUCGUUCAGCAUCAGAAGCUGCACCCCGUGGAGAAGAAGCCCGUCAAGGUUCUUGGGCCGUCCCUGAACAGUCCCCAGAGCACCUCGUCAGCCUUUUCUCCGCGGCCUCUCCAGAGUCCGUGCUUGGCUCCGGCUGUGGCCGCGCCCUCACUGACCUUCCCGCGAGCUGUGCUCAUUCCUGCCUCCGGGCCUCUGUUCAUGCUGCUGCCCACGUCUGGAAUGCCUUCGUCACCUGUCCAAAUAGUGAGAGUCCUCCAGGGUCUUCCUCCCACUGCGAAGCCUUCCCCAAUUAUUCUGACCCCUUCUCACCCUUCCUGAGUUUUAUCUUGCAACCCCUUUGGCUCUUACGCCCAGCAAAUCUCCAACCUAAUUUGAGCUUCGUUUGUAGUUGUCCUCACAUUACAUGUGUUAAACUGUUUCAGCCUAAACUCCGUAGUAAUCUAUGUCUAUUUAAAGACUGUGCUUAUAUGAUUUAUUCUCUUUUCUUCUGGGUAGAAAACGGAAAUACUUGACCUGUGCAUUGGCCCCUUUCAGGCUUGAACAAUAGUGGCUGUAUCUGUGUCGUAUCUGCUGGUGUUAGAAGCGCUAGCAGGACACUUUGGUAUGUUAGAGAAAUUUGGGACAGAGGACAUCCCCGUAUUAGGCCGCUGUGGUGAGAGAGAAGCAGCCGCGAGAAACGGAGCAGGCAUUCUCUCGAGAAUUAGAAUAAACCUCCAACGACAGACUUUAGACGUUGAGCAGACAGUGUAGUGGACGGAGAUGUGUUAAUG